CACCCCCACCCUCCUCCUCCAGAGGGGAAGAAGGGCUGUCUCUUCCUAACCUCCCGCUCCUCCACCUUCUCUUGAUGUUUAUUUCGCCCUAAAAUUCUUUUCUCUCGUCUUUUUAUCUUAAGAAAACUUGCCGACUUGGACUCUUUCGAGCGCGAUGGGAUCCUCCGUAAGCCACGCCGCCAACCCGCCAUCUCCGCCGCCGCCGGCGCCCGUCGUCGGGCUCGCCGGGGUUCUCCCCCCGAAGACCGAGGAGAAGGGCGAGACGAAGGUUGACUGGUUGAAUCUCCCGUGCCCCGUCCCCUUCGAGGAGAUCCAGCGCGAGGCAUUGAUGUCUUUGAAGCCAGAGCUUUUUGAAGGAUUGCGUUUUGACUUUACGAAAGGCCUGAAUCAAAAAUUUUCACUUAGCCACAGUGUUUUCAUGGGAUCUAUGGAAGUUCCUUCACAAUCUUCUGAUACUAUCAAAGUCCCCACUUCACAUUAUGAAUUUGGUGCCAAUUUUCUGGAUCCAAAGUUAAUGCUUGUUGGAAGGGUGCUUACUGAUGGAAGACUGAAUGCAAGAGUUAAAUGCGAUCUGACUGAUAACCUUACUUUGAAAAUCAAUGCACAGCUCACUAAUGAGCCACACUACUCUCAAGGCAUGUUUAACUUCGAUUACAAGGGCAAGGAUUACAGGUCUCAGUUUCAAAUUGGAAACAAUGCCUUCUAUGGGGCCAAUUAUAUCCAGAGUGUUUCCCCACAUUUAUCUUUGGGUAGUGAAGUGUUUUGGCUUGGUCAUCAAAGGAAGUCCGGUAUUGGUUUUGCUGCUCGAUAUAACACAGAUAAGAUGGUUGCAACAGGGCAAGUUGCAAGCACUGGUAUAGUCGCACUGAGCUAUGUUCAAAAAGUUUCUGAGAAGGUUUCCCUUGCAUCUGAUUUCAUGUACAAUCAUAUGACAAGAGAUGUGACUUCGAGUUUUGGUUAUGAUUACAUCCUUAGGCAGUGUCGUUUAAGGGGGAAAAUUGAUUCUGCUGGUUGUGUAGCUGCUUAUCUCGAGGAGCGACUUAAUAUGGGCAUCAAUUUUAUUCUUUCUGCAGAGAUUGAUCAUCGGAAGAAAGACUACAAAUUCGGGUUUGGUAUGACUGUAGGAGAGUAAAGCUUCUUGUAACAUCUCUUCACCAGAAUUAAUGGUUCUCUGGACGCUGGUUUUGUUGGCUGGGCCUUCUUUUCAUGGUCUGCCUGGGCCGCCAAUUCUGAACAGCUCUUCAAGUUCUGCCUGGCAAGUUUAUUAUGUUGAAGGUUUUAUGGAAAGAAGGAAACCAUCAUUUUUGCAAUUUUAUCAGUUGAUUUCCAACAUUUGGAUUCAGCAUUUGGUGGCCAUUUGAUAUUUAUGGGCAUUCUAAGGCUAUGAUUCCUUGUUCGUCACUAAUGGAAUAAGUUCUAUGACAGGGUUGAUCAAAGAUAAGUUAUUCCGGUCUUUCAUUUAGAUAUUCGAAUUUUGCAGUAGUUUUGUCUGUAAAUCAGAAUGCUCUUCCUGGCAUGGGCUUCUGUAGAUUAUUCAUCAAUCAGCGGUUGUGUAGUUCUCUCCCUCAUUGAUUGAAUACAGAUGGUGUUUCUCAAUGCACAUGGAAUAUAAUUUCUUACCACUGAUGUCUGUCAUGACCAAAUUCACAUGUAAUUUUAAAUCGAUAGUUGAAUUUUUUAA